CAUACAUUUCUAUAUGCUCGCUCCGGCAACGCGGGCGGUGGGAACCACGAGAUAAAUCUAAACUCAUCCGAAGAUGUCGUGGAAGGUCCUCAGAAUGGCGGACGCGUUCACGAUGUGGGAAGACCACGGCCACCAGACCCUGUCGCUAUGAAGACGACCGCGGAGGGUCUGUUGUCCGACGACGACAACUCCUUCGAGGAGGACGACGAGACGACCCCGCUCAAUGCAAAUUACAGCCGCAGAAACAGUCAAGACGCCAAGGGAUGGGACGUCUUCGUAGUAACACCCAACGAAGAAAACGACGAGACCAUCAGCUCAAAAUGGGUGGACAUCAUCCUCAAAGUUAUGAAGGUGGUUUCCUACUUCGUCACCUUCGUCCUGGUACUGGGCAGCUCUGUGCUUUCCAAAGCUAGCCUUCUAUUCGCUGCCUCGCACGUGGGCAGACGUAAUGUUCCUGUCUGUCGAAACGGCCUCGCUCUCGAACGAGACAAAGACCAUGAAGCUGUGCUGUCAGACGUGGAGCACAUCGCCUGGGUUUGGGUGCUUUUCGUCUGUCUUGUGGUACCGGAAUUAUUCGCACUCUUCCGUAGCAGUCGUAUCUGCGUCUUCAAGUCAUACCGGCGUCCGAAUACCGCAACCUUCUUCACGGUCCUGAUCGCAGAAACCCUUCACACAGUCGGACUAUGCAUGCUCGUGUUCAUAGUUCUACCAGACCUAGACGUCGUCAAGGGUGCCAUGCUGACGAACUGCGUUUGCUUCGUGCCUGGCGUCUUGGGCAUGCUCUCCCGGCACCGGGGCGAGGACAAGCGCGCCCUGCGCGUUAUCCUAGAUAUACUCAGUCUGGGUGCUCAGGCCACAGGAUUCAUCCUCUGGCCCUGGGUUAUGGGAGGGCCUCGAUCCUGGGCCAUACCGAUAUCCGUCUUCCUCGUUUCUUUCCGCUGGUGGGAAAACUUUGUAGACAAGAGAGCUUCCGCCCGGUUCGUCGCCAGGUUGGCAGAAAUGAAAGAUGACCUGCGCCGCAGCCGCUACUUCACGUAUAUUUUCAUCUCUUGCUGGAAGAUCUUGCUAAUCUUCGCUUGUAUGCUCGGUUUCAUGAGCAUAACACUCGAUCAUGUCCUCACGCUGUUCAGCCAGCUAGGAUCUGCCUUGAGUAAUCACUUGAUCAGCGUUGUACAAAUUAGGCGUUUAGGUGUGUUGGGUGACCUCCCGGACCUUCCAACGGCUAGUCCUUUGGACGAUGACAUCCAGCUGGUUACCAGUCAGUGGACUCCAAUCCUGGCCAUCGUCAUUCAAGUGCUCUCUACUCUGCUCUGUUAUGUGUGCGCGAAAUUCGCUUGCAAGAUCUGCAUUCAAGGCUUCAGUUUCGCAUUCCCGGUUAGCCUUACGGUUCCAGUCUCCGUGUCGUUACUGAUUGCCGCUUGUGGCAUCCGCACGGAAGACGUCUGUUUCUUCGAAAGUUACCUACCGAAGUAUCUAUUCUGGAGAUGUCCGAACGGAGAGUUCUUCCAAGAUUUGGUAUCAACGCAGCACGCUUGGAUAUGGCUUGUCUGGUUGCUGUCCCAAACGUGGAUCGCUGUCCACAUCUGGACCCCGAAGUGCGAGCGUCUGGCUACUACCGAAAAGCUGUUCGUUAACCCCAUGUACUGUGGCGCGCUAGUUGACCAGUCAUUGGCGCUCAACCGUCGACGAGACGACGAAGGGGAACUCAAAAGUGAAGAAUUAACGCUUGACACGCACGACGACAAUGACAUCUCGCAAUACUACGAGACCAUAUCAAUUCAUACGGAAUCUUCGGGCAAUCAGAACAGCCGUCCGGUAUCCACAGUGAAGACGUCCGACCAAAUCAUCAGGAUCUACGCGUGCGCCACCAUGUGGCACGAAACGACAGAAGAAAUGAUUCAGAUGUUCAAGUCUGUUAUCAGGAUGGAUGAAGACCAGUGUGCCAGGAGAAACGCACAGAAAUACUUGCGAAUCGUGGAUCCUGACUACUACGAAUUUGAAGUGCACAUCUUCUUCGACGACGCCUUUGAACUGAGCGACGACAACGACCAAGAGAUGGUAGUCAACCGGUUCGUGAAACAGAUGGUUCGUGUUAUCGAUACGGCAGCCAGUAACGUCCACCAGUGUAACAUUCGUCUGAAACCGCCAAAGAAGUUGCCCACGCCAUACGGCGGUCGCCUUGUCUGGCAGAUGCCCGGAAAGAACAAACUAAUCGCUCACCUCAAAGACAAAAGCAAGAUCCGUCACCGAAAACGCUGGUCACAAGUCAUGUACAUGUACUACCUUUUGGGCCACAAGCUCAUGGAGCUCCCCAUCGAUGUGAGUCGCAAAGCAGUCAUGGCUGAGAACACCUUCAUCCUGGCACUAGAUGGUGACAUCAACUUCAGGCCACAUGCUGUUCAAUUACUCGUUGACUUGAUGAAGAAGAAUCGUGGACUAGGUGCUGCCUGCGGAAGAAUCCAUCCAGUCGGAACUGGUCCCAUGGUAUGGUACCAGAAAUUUGAGUACGCCAUCGGUCACUGGCUGCAGAAGGCCACAGAACACAUGAUCGGUUGCGUACUCUGUAGUCCCGGAUGCUUCUCCCUCUUCAGGGCCAAAGCACUGAUGGACGACAACGUCAUGCGAAGGUACACCACUCGCUCCGAUGAGGCUCUCCACUACGUGCAGUACGAUCAAGGGGAGGAUCGUUGGCUCUGCACUCUUCUCUUGCAACGGGGUUACCGUGUCGAAUACAGCGCUGCUUCUGAUGCUUACACACACUGUCCAGAAGGUUUCGGCGAAUUCUACACGCAGCGUCGUCGUUGGGCUCCAUCCACCAUGGCUAACAUCAUGGAUCUGCUGGGCGACUACAAAAGGACUGUCGCAAUCAACGAUAACAUCUCAUUCCCGUACAUUGUCUACCAAGGCAUGCUUAUGGUGGGCACGAUCCUGGGUCCUGGUACCAUCUUCCUCAUGUUGGUCGGUGCCAUGGUGGCUGCCUUCAAGAUAUCCAAUUGGAUUUCGUUCUCCUACAACAUUGUACCGAUACUUCUUUUUAUGCUUAUCUGCUUCACUACUAAGAAUAACAUCCAGAUUAUCGUCGCGCAGAUCAUGAGCGCUACCUACGCUUUACUCAUGAUGGCGGUGCUCGUGGGAACGGCUAUCCAGAUAUCGGAAGACGGUGUGGGGUCGCCAUCGGCUAUUUUCCUCAUCUCGUUGUCCGGCAGCUUCUUCGUCGCAGCGGUCAUGCACCCGCAAGAAUUCAUGUGCAUUAUACCCGGGUUACUCUACUUCCUCAGCGUUCCUUCUAUGUAUCUACUGCUCAUACUCUACUCCCUUAUAAACCUCAACGUAGUCACUUGGGGCACAAGAGAGACGGAAACCAAGAAAUCAAAGAAAGAUAUGGAAGCAGAAAGGAAGCUACAAGAGGAGCUCAAAAAGAAAAAGAAGAAAGGCUUGCUAGGUCUUCUUGAUCUGAGCAAAGAAGGGGACGAGGGCUUUAGUCUACCUGGCCUUUUCACAUGCAUGUUUUGCUCCAACCAAGCGAACAAGGAAGACAAGUACCACCUGGUGCGAAUCAGCGAUCAACUGGACACCUUGGGAAAGCGUAUUGCGGGAAUGGAGCGCAUGCUGGAGAACGCUGGGCAUGGAGGGAACUCACUGGCUCACCAACCGUUCAGACGUCGUUCCGGUGGACGGUCUUCCAGACAAUCGGAUGCCGGCGGCGGACUCUCAGUUCUGAACGAGGAUGCUGUCGAGGAAAAUGAUGAUGAAUAUGGCAGCGAGACAGGAUCUCUCAGCGAACAACUAGAGCCGAGGCAGGAACGUGAUGACCUCAUCAAUCCCUACUGGAUCGAAGACAAGGAACUGAAACGUGGUGAAGUCGAGUACCUUCCAGGAGCCGAAAUUCAGUUCUGGAAGGACCUUGUCGAGAAGUACCUGUACCCCAUCGACGAGAACAAACAAGAACAGGCGCGCAUCGCCUCCAACCUGAAGGAGUUACGCAACCGUGUCGUAUUCGCUUUCUUUAUGCUAAACGCCCUCUUCAUUCUCAUCGUAUUCCUUCUGCAGCUGAACAAAAAGCAGUUGCACGUCAACUGGCCACUAGGCGUCAAAACGAACAUCACUUUCGUCCCAGAUACCAGUCAGGUGAUCAUCGACAAGGAGUACCUUCAGCUGGAGCCAAUCGGUCUCAUCUUCGUGAUAUUCUUCGCGGUUAUCAUGAUCAUCCAGUUUACGGGCAUGCUGUUCCAUCGAUUCGAGACCCUUUCUCACAUUCUGGCUUCGGUAGAACUUUCGUGCUGCAACCAGAAGGUGGACGACGUGAGCGACGACGCCUUCAUCGACAGAAACGCUAUACAAAUCGCGCGACAGUUGCAGAGGCUAAAAGGCAUCGACGACGACGAACCCAGCGACGAAUACAUGGGCCCUGAACGUCUCGAACGCCGCAAGACGAUACAGAACCUCGAGAAACGUAGACACCAACGCGCUCGCACCGGUACCCUCGAUGUGGCCUUCAGAAAACGGUUCAUGAACAUCAAUGCCGUGGACGCCGAGGGUACUCCCGUCUUAAGCGGUCUACGACGUUUCAGCCGUAGCCGCGAUACUUUACGAGCGUUGGAAGUGAGGCGGAAUACAGUACUGGCAAACCACAGUCGCAUGCAGACGCUCGGAGCACGGAACGAGUAUUCUGGCGUCGGCGGCGGUCGGCGUCGAGCAAAUAACAUCCCUGCCGACCGCGUCUUUGCAAAUGCGGAUAGUGGAGCGUACAGUAAUGGUGGAUACGAAACAGCAGCCACACCAGAGGAAGAUGGACUUCGCCUGCACGCCUACGGUGACCGACGGAGUAUUGCGAGUUAUGACGACCGACAGAGUCAUAUGUGAAGCGACAGUCGAUAUGCUGACGAAGAGACUAUGACUACCGACCCGACGUGUAGAUCUUGGAUGUCCUGAGCGUGGUAAAAAACUUUAUGACAUCUAGUGAGAGAGAAUGAGUGACAGAAGGAAGGAAGUUGCUCCAGUGCUGCUCCAGGGGCCUGGUGAAACGUCAGGUUGCAACGGCAUGGCAACAACACUGAGACAUAUCAGUCUGCGGCUCAGGCAACGUCGGGGCUUCGUGGAAGAGGAUGUUCGCGACGUGGGGUAUAACAAUAACGGUUUUCAGGAAAAGUUGUGUAUUUCGUGACGAGCAUCAAGUGUUUGUGAACGACACGCUCGCCUGAGAACGUCACCAUGCAGGUCGUGCCAUCAGUAAGGGACUGGCUGGUUUGUGAGUCACAAUAUAAAAUGCAGUAGAUGCAGCUGUCCGUUUCCCUCUAGAGAUUAAACACUAGGUCGCAACAGAUCAGAUUGUGACCAUUUAUUUAUUAC